AUGUCCAAAAGAUUAACGAUUUCCAAAUUUAAUCCAUUUAAUACAAAUGAAAACCCUGAAUUAGAUCGAGUUGAAACUUAUAAGACUUUUUAUAAGAAGAGAUUUAGAAAGCUAUAAGCAGAUGAGAGUCCUAAUUAAAAAAUUAUUCCUUAAAGUAUCCUUUUAAAACCAGGAUAAAUUCCAUUUAAAAGAUCCUUUCAAAAACCAAAAGAAGAUCUCAUAGAUGUUAAAAAAUUGUAAUUGUAUUUAUUAAGAAUUAGUUAGAUAUGUGAAUUAUGGAGUUAUAAGUAUAAUCAUGUAGUACAGAAGGUUUCCAAACUCAAUAAUGUGAGUGAAAUCUUGGAAAUUUAGAAAUAACAAUAAAGAAAAUCAUAAAAAUAUAAAACUUAAAACUCGUAAAUAUAUAUUUCAUUCUUAUUAGAUCUGAUUAAAUUCCUUAUAAUUAGAUUGCACUUUCUGAUAAAACCAAACUUAAAACUGCAAUGUCAGAUUAUACUUUGCCCAAAAUAGAAUAAUUAUCUUCCUUUUAAAAGUAAGAAAAACUAAGCUUUUAAUUUUAAGUACUUUAUCCCCAGAGAAAAUUUUGACUAGUUCUUAAACUCAAAAAAAUAACUCUAUAUCUGACUUCAAAGGCAAACUCAGAGAAUUAAUUGAAAUAUGUGACAAUGCGUAAUUAUUUAGUCCAAACAAGUUUAGUAAGAUAUGA